AUGAGUGCUGUUGCAAAGUCAUUAACUGAAUUCUUCAACAGAAUUGAUAAGGAUAAGAGUGGAGCUCUUGACUUCAAAGAAUUUUCUCUCCUUUUCCAAAAACUCGGCUUCAAAGGAAAAUUGCCGUUAGCUGCAUCCGUUUGUUUCUAUACAAUCAUUGGUAUCCCACAGGAUAAGAACAUUUCAUUAGAACAAUUCUUAUCCAUUUACGGAGAUAUGCCAAACACACGUUUUGCCACAAUCCACGAUCAUACAAUCAAGAAACUCUUCGAAGCCUGUGAUUUAGACCAUUCUGGCACAAUCUCUGUCAAUGAAAUUUCUUCCAUUUUCUCUAAACUUGGACAACGCGUAUCUACUGGUCAAGCCGAAACAUAUCUUCGCCAGUUUGACAAGGAUAAGAAUGGUGUAUUAGAUGUUAACGAGUUUAAUUUACUCAUGAAUAAGGUUUUCCGCGACUAUUCUUCUCAGUAA